UGGAAGUUCCUGUACUAAUAUAAAAUUCAGUUUUUUAUGAACUGACGCCAGUUAAUACGAAGCUGAAUUCGGAAUGUUGCGGUUUAUCAUUUUGGUAUUUUGUUUUAUUCUGAUUAAAACGGAUCAUCAUAAUAAAUCUACGAAAGUGAUAUUUAUCCUAAUCGAUGGUUGUCGUUGGGAUUAUGUAAAUGAUACAAGUCUGAAAGGUUUUGCCAAAUUAGCAGAAUUUGGCGUCAAAGCAGAGUAUGUCAAACCUGUUUUCCCUUCAAAUUCUUAUCCAAAUGCGUUAAGCAUUGUAACAGGUCUUUAUCCAGAAAGCCAUGGAUUUGUUCAGAAUAUUAUGUACGAUGUAGACAGAGAAGAGUUUUUCCUAAUGCUUCCUAAUCCUAAUUCUACCAACUCACAUUGGUGGGAAAGCGCUGAACCUAUAUGGGUAACUGCAGAAAAACAGGGAAUUAAGACAGCUGCAUAUUGGUGGCCUGGUUGCCAAGUGAAGAUUCAUGGUAUACAACCCACUAUCUGUUUACCGCAUAGAUAUACUGCCGGAGGAGAAAAUGUUACAAAAGAUAUUAUAAAUAAAUUGGAAGAAACACUUGAUUUAUUCGAAAAGGAGGAAAUUCGGUUAGCUAUGCUUUAUUAUGGAGCUGUAGAUAACAAUGGUCAUACAAAAGGACCCGAUUCGUUAGAAACAAAAAAAUCUGUAAAGGAAAUAGAUAAAAUCCUAUAUACUCUUCAAAAUCUGAUAACUGAAAAACGUCUUUUUGAUCAGGUGAGCAUCGUCGUUGUAAGUGAUCACGGAAUGACGAAUACUAGCCCAGAUUACGUAGAACAGAUCAGUAUGGAACCUUUCGCCGAUGAUAUUAAGUACAUAUUAAAUAAAGGAUCGUCUUCGAUGAUUUUACCAGAAGAAGGAAAAUUAGAUAAAUUAUAUAACGAUCUGAAGAGAGCAAAUAUUAAAGGACUGCAAAUAUUUAAAAAAGAGGAAAUUCCGGAAAAAUAUCAUUUUAAAAAUAACAAAUACGUUCUUCCUUUGUUUAUACUGGCAGACAAAGGUUACUUUAUUAAUGAGUUAUCUGAUUCAAAUAAAACACGAAUGAAAGUAAAAUACGUUAGUAACGGAAACCAUGGAUAUGAUCCAGACGUUGUCGAAGACAUGAGAAGUAUAUUUUUUGCUAGAGGACAAAAUUUAAAGAAAAAUUAUCUCUCACCACCUAUUGAGAACGUAGAUCAAUAUAAUUUAAUAUGCAAAUUGCUUCACAUGACACCUGCCAAGAAUAACGGUUCCUGGGAUAGAAUAAAAGAUAUGCUAGACGUUGAGUCUUCCAAUUCAAGUUCCACAUUUAUUACACCUUUACUUUUAUUUUUUGGAACUGUGUGGACGCUGAAGCUUAUGUUUUUUAUUUAGAAAUUAAUUUUGUGAAUACAAUCAAUCAGAGAUGCUGUUAAUAUCUAAAAGCAACAAUUUUUAGUAAUACUUUUCUAAUUUCUUAAACUUUUUGUGAAUUUCAAAUAAAAAGUGUUAUUUUGAUGUUAAAAAACAAUA